AUGGUUUUGUCUCCUCAGUUCUUCCCUUGUCCACACUGCACCAUCUCCUUUACUGACUAUUUCUUCCUGGAGAGUCACAUCAAGAACAAACACCAGAAGCAGUACCUGGCCAUGUUGAAAAGCCAAGUCUCAAAGAGUAAAACAGUGUACGGCCCCACACACAGCUGUCCCCACUGUAGCGACAUGUUCCAUACACCACGACAGCUAGACAUCCACACCUGCGAGGCCCACCCCUCUGCCCUUCCCCGGAAACCUGCCCAUCCCCACAGGGUUCCGGGGAAACUCCACCCCUGCCCGCAGUGUGCCCGCAGAUUCCCGUACCUGGGCACCUUGCUGAAGCACUGCAAGAAUUUGCACAAAAUGGCCGUUGUUCGCAUCGAUGGACGCUUUGAGAAUUGCUGGGGACUGGGGCCUCACCAGUGUCACGAACCAGAGGGCACUAAACCUAAGGACAUUAAGCCUGUGAUCUGUCUGGAAGUCGGCUUCCAUUGCUCCGAAUGUGGCAAGAUCCUCACUACUCCUACGAGUCUGAACACUCACAUGCGCAUCCACACCGGAGAGAAGCCUUACGAAUGCAAAGAGUGCGGCAAAAGAUUCUCGAACGGCAGCAGUUUAGGCAAACACCUGCUGAUACACAAGGGGGUCAAAUAA